CAGUUCUAACACUCUGAAAUGGAAAUACUACAUGACCCCCUCAGGUCGCAACAAGCCCUUUUGUUUUUUGAAAUAAUACAUAUUUAUGUAUCAGGCUUUUGGAUCUGGGGGUAUAAAGUUCCCAUCUGUGCUGGAGUGAGUUCACUGAUACUUACUGUAAUCUUACAUGAUUGUUAGUUAUUCUUGCUCAAAACCACAUCUCUCCCAAGACCAUAAAAACAAGCCAAGGAUUUAUGAAAGCGCUCUCAUGAGGAAAUAAUCCAAUCUUUGGAAUAGCCUUGAUGAUCCUUUCCAGGCUUAUAAACAAACCGAAAGAAAAACAAUGUCCGACCGCUUCGACUGUGACAACUGCAAGGAGUCCCUGUACGGCCGCAAGUACAUCCAGUCGGACGACAGCCCCUACUGCAUCCCCUGUUACGACAGCCUCUUCUCCAACACGUGCGACGAGUGCAAGGAGCUGAUCGGCCAUGACGCCAGGGAGCUGUUCUAUGAGGACAGGCACUACCACGAGCACUGCUUCCGCUGUUUUCGAUGCGACCGCUCCCUGGCGGACGAACCUUUUACCAACCAGGAGGACGCACUGCUCUGCAAUGACUGCUACUGCAACGAGUUCUCCUCCAAAUGCGUCGCUUGCGAUAAGAUCGUCAUGCCGGGUACAAGGAAGCUGGAGUAUGCGGGAUCCACGUGGCACGAGGGCUGCUUCAUCUGCCACAGUUGCGAACAGCCCAUCGGCUCCAAGUCCUUCAUCCCUGAGAAGGACGAGCACUACUGCGUGUCGUGCUACGAGGACAAGUUCGCGCCGCGCUGCACUCGCUGUAAAAAAACUCUGGCGAAAGGUGGUGUGACCUACCGGGACGAGCCGUGGCACAAGGAGUGUUUCGUGUGCAGCAGCUGUAAAACGCAGCUGGCCGGCCAGCACUUCACCUCACGGGAUGACAGCCCGUACUGCCUCAAGUGCUUCGGUAGCCUCUACGCCAAGAAAUGCGAGGCCUGCAGCAAACCAAUCACAGGUUUCGGCGGGGGGAAGUACAUCUCCUUCGAGGACCGCCAGUGGCAUCAGCUUUGCUUCACCUGCUCCCAGUGCUCCGUGUCGCUGGUGGGCGCCGGCUUCUUCCCCAACGGGGAACGCAUCCUGUGCCGCGAGUGCCACAACAGCCUAUAAAGGACCCCCGAAAUCCUCCUUCCACUCGUGUCACAGCCUUUUUACCUGAAGCCAAAGUCCUUACCCAGCAAGGUAAAAUCAGGCAAACGAAUGCAAAAAAUGGUAAUUAUAUGGACCACCACAAAGCACCACAAAACUGUUUCUGUAGUGCCUUAAAGCAACAUGAUGAUAAUCAUUUUUAAGAGGUGGGACUCUGGUUUACUGUAGUGCAAUUUAUUGUCCUCACAGUUUUAAUGCUGUAACUGCAUUUUGAAUGUUUGCUUUCUCCCACACAAUCACUGCAUUCAUCAUCUUUACAUCUUGUAAAUAUAUACCAUAUUUUUUUUUUUUGUCCCAAAAAAACUAAAUCAUUAAUAUUUACAAUAAGGGCAGUCUUAUGGAUGGUAUAUAAAUUGGUUAUUAACAAGGUUAAUUCUUUAUGACAGGAGUGACCAAAGUGCGGCCCAGAGGCCAUUUCUAGGUGAGGGCUGUUUUUUUAUUGCCCCGCGGCACAUUUAAAAAUAUUAUUUAACAACAAAAAAAGUGGAAUAAUCUAUAGUAAUUUUACAAGAAGAAGUAAAAUAUUAGGAUAUAUAUAUGGUGGUAUAUAUAUGAUGGUUUAUAUAUAUAUAUGUAUUAGGAGAAUUACAAGAAUUACAUCAUAUUAAUAUGAUGAUUAGUAGCAAAGUUUGAAUAUGAAAAAGUACUUUAAAAUUAAAUAAUUUUAAGUCAUAAUAUUACAUUUAAGUUUUUUUUAGAAAAUUUGGUUUUCAGAAAAAUUAUAAUAUGAGAAUAAAAAAAUGAAAAUAUUAUGGGAAUAAAAAGUGAUACAAGAAGAAAGAAGAAGUAAACAACAACUGAAAUAACAAAAAAAUAGCUGUAAUUUUACAAAAAUUGCAGAAUAUUAACAGAAAAAGUUGCAAUUUUACAAGCAUAAACUUUUAAAAAUGUAAAAUUAUAAUGCAAAAUAAUCAAAUUUAAUUGAUCGCGUUAAACAUGGAGUUGAAAUAUACUUUUUAAAAGCCAUAAUAUUAUGAGAAACAAAUCCCUGCUUUAGGAAGACGUAAUACACUGUGAUAAGCCUUAUGAUAGACUUUACUUAAAAUAAUUAAGUUAUUCUUUUAAAAUGUGUAACAGCAUUAGCUAUGCAUAAACAAUCUUUAUAAAAGUACCUUUAGCAAUGGUUUCCAAAUUAUUUGAUUACUAACGAUGCUGUUAAUGCUUUUUGCCAUAUCAUAUGCUAAUGAUAGCCUGAAAUAACUAAUUGUGAGCUUCAUGUUGAAAAUGAUAGUUUAUAAUAUCUUUUUAUAACAGCAUUGUUAACCUACUAAUCACCAAUUUAUAAACCCUUUAUAAGAGAUUAUUAUAAAGCGGUGCCAAACCAUCAAUUUGUAUGUCGUCGACGUGAACAAUCAAGUAAAUUUGCACUCUACUGCUACCAUUUUGCAUGCACAUAAAAUAAACACACACAAUACAAUACAAAAAAACACUGCACAAAACCACUUUUUUGUCAUUUCUCUGAUUGCUGAACUUUACGUAUUCUUUUUUUUUAUUAUUUAAAUAUGCCUGCUUCUUUUCUACGAUAACUGAAACUUAUUUUUUAAUCACUUUUCUAUCUCUAAGGGAACAUUUUUUACCUUUCUGGUGCUCACCCUGUAAUACCAUUUUGUCCCUCAAGAGGAGCUAGUGAGUCGAACAUGUGGGAAAGUUCUGUUCCAAUUCGAAGAAUGCUAGUGUUUGUUCUUGGACGGCAAUUAUUCUGGUACUCUGCUGCCCCCUUUUGGUGUGAAGCCUUUUUUACGAUUGCCUCCAGAUUACACCUAAAAGCAUCCAGAAAUUAUAAUCCUAAAGAGGCUGCCUUACUUUUUACGUGUAAUGUCGGCGUAUGCAUGUCUUACUUUAUUUUUAUGUCUUACUUUUCUCUCCUUUUUUUUUAUUGUAACAUAUGUGACAAAAGUAUUACAAAAUAUAUAUAUUUCAUCAUUUCAGCUUUGAUGCUGGUGAGUCAGAGUUGGCAAAUGUGCUUUUUUUUAUAAGAAAAAGAUACGUCUUCGAAAAAGAGACGUUUUAUCGGUAUGAUGUUACUGUAAAUCAAAAAUGUUAACAAAUCCCAAAAUAAUGACGAGUUGUGUUUGUUGGUGGAAAAUAAAGGGAGUAAAGUAUG